CAAACCAGGUUCGUUUCCGUGUAUCUAGCCUAGGUGGAGGAAUCUGCUCUGCAAAGACAAACACAUGUGAAAUUAUUGAUCAGGGUUGAGUGAAUUUAUGGAAACAUGUCAAAGAAACGGGGCAGGAAGCGUAGCAGUGGAGAGCUGAGUGAGAGCUCGGCGUCGACCCUCAGCCCGGACCCUGACAACCUCCUGGGCCGCAGGAUCCAGCACACCUGGAGAGAGAAGGGAAAUGUGACAAAGUGGAAAGGCACCGUUCUGGAGCGUCUAACUGUGAACAGCUCCCUCUACAUGGUCAAAUAUGACGGCUUUGACUGCGUCUACGGCAUCGAGCUCUUCAAAGACAGCCGCGUGUCCAACCUGCAGGUGUUGGCGGAAAAAGUCGUGAACAAUAAGAUCAAGGUGCCUCCUGGGGCGGAGGAGCUGGUGGGUCGGGCAGUGGAGCAUCUGUUCGAGAAGGAGGACGGUGAGAAAAACGAGUGGCGAGGCAUGGUGCUGUCCCGAGCCCCCAUCAUGACCCACUGGUAUUACAUCACCUACGAGAAGGACCCCGUGCUGUAUAUGUACCAGCUGUGGGACGACUAUAAGGACGGAGACCUACGCGUCCUGCCAGAGUCAGAGAACAAACACCUGCUGCCAGCAGACAGGAAGCCGGGUGAGGAGCCAGAGAGCCUUGUGGGUAAACAGGUGGAGUACGUCACAGAUAACGGUCUGAAGAGGACGGGCUUGGUCAUCUACCAGGUCCCAGCAAAGCCCACAGUAUACUACAUAAAAUAUGACGACGAUGUCCACAUCCACGUCUACGAUCUGGUGAAGACCACCUAGUACUGACUGUCCAGUUUCAUUUUCAGCCCAUAUUUGUCCUGACCAGUCGUUACCUGUUAAAGUGUUAAAGAUUUCAAUUUUUCUCCAGUGGAAGGCAACCUGCCAAAAAUCGAAAGCCUCUUUUUUGGGUUUUUCUUUUCGUUUGUUUUCAUAAUAACAUUACAAGACAUCUCGGUUUUUGAUUCUAAAUUUUAAGUUGAACUUAAUAGUUGAUUUUGAAGUCCUUUCCAGUGUAAAUAAAGCAGGUCUGUGACCGGUUGUAUAGCCCAGCAGAUGAAAUGGAGCUAGACGUUUGUUUUGUUUUAGUCACACUUGUAUAGUGCAAGUCUCAAACUCCAAAUUCAAACUUUUUGUAAGCUACACAUCAAACUAAGAAGAUUUCAUUUCACUUUUAUACACCUGUGUUAUUUAUUUCAUCUGAAAUCUCUGGCUGUGCUGCUGGUAACAAAACAAAACGUGUCUGCUGUGCUUUAUGUGUGUCACUGGGUAGGCCUCAGUUUGUUAAAUAUAGAAGUAAUAUUCAUUUGACCAGUGUGCUGAUUUUUCCAUCACAGUGAACUCAAAUUUCUGUUGAAGUGUAAAGCCAUCGAGACUCGUCUGUGUCUCACAUCACGGAUGUAAAACACAGAAUAAUCUGAAAACUCAUGUAUCAUAUUUCUGUUCUAUUUCAUCAUAUAAAAUGUUUUCUACAUUAUUAUAUCAGAAAUACUGAUGUUGAUGUCAAGUUGUUUCCAACAGUGUUUGUGCUACACACUAUUUAUGUAGUUGAAAUUGGCUAAAGCAUUGUUUAGUAUUUUGGACUCCAGUCUUCAUUAUUUGCCAAAAAGGAAUGAGUUAUUGUUCAUUGUGACCCUAAAUAUGUUUUGUUCUGUAAAUAUGAGACAUUUUUAUGAACGUAAAACAAAGCUGCUUGAAAAUGA